GAAGAAUGUGAUAUGUUAAAACUGAUUUCCCUAUUCUCUUGUCUUUGAAAUUUGCUGUUCUUAUUUUAUCGUGUAAUUUUUUUCUCAAUAAUAUACCGAUAUAAUGCAAUACCCGUGUUAUUAGUAUUCUCACAAAAACAACUUAUAAAUUUAUGCCCUAACUCAACAUCUAUUUUUCACUUUAAAUCUUGCAUUGGAAUAGAGAUCGAUGAUUAUUUAUCUCUUUUACAUUACACAAACAAAACUUGUCUCUUUAACCCUUUCCUUUACGUAAAAGUGACACUAAUGGCAUGUAAUUCGUGCGCAAAACCCUUUACAUUAUUUCGGAAGCAGAAAGGAUGCCCCAAUUGUGGCUUUAUAUUUUGUUCUAAAUGUUUAGAACAUAAAAUAUUUGUGCAAAAACUGAAUGAAGAGGCCAAGGUCUGUAUGAAAUGUGCAAAAACAGACAACCAAUGUGAACCAAGAAAAGUUGAACCUCCAGAUGCAUAUUACAAGAGAAUAGGUGCAAGAACAAAUCAAAUGUACAAUUCAGCAGCAGGAAAUUCCAAAGAUCAGGAAAUAGCUGAGAGAUUAAGUAAAUUAAAGCAAGGUAAGACUGAACAUCAACUGAAACCUGAAGAAGAAAUAGCAAAGCGCCUACAGCAUCUUAAAAGUAAUUUUCCAUCAACAUCAGAUAACCAACUACAGUUACGAUUGGCAAACUUAAGAGGAGUACCACUCAGUGUAGUUCAAAGUAAGCCUUCAUUGCCAGCACCAGACCUAAGAUCAGAGCAAGAGCAAGCAGAUGAUUUGUUAAAACAAUACAUGGAGCAAACAAAAAUUGAUAAUACAUAUAAAGAUGAAUUUGAUACGUUAGUUAAUGAUAUGGAAGCAAGAUUACAAAAAAUUAAAGGAAGCAACUCUAUUAAACUAAGUAGUUCUCAAGAGCAACAAUCUGAAAAUGAAGAUGAAGAAACAGUAAAAAAAAUAAUUGAGAAGGUGAAAGCUGAAACAUUCUUGGAAGACCAAGUUUCUUCUACAACAAAUGAUGAACUACCUUUUUGUGAAAUAUGUAAUGAAGAUGCGAAAAUGCGCUGCCUGGGAUGUCGCUAUUUAUUCUGUAAACGCUGCUUCAUGGACCAUAAAGAUGAUGAAGAUGGAUGUGAUAAAUAUGAGCUCUAUCGACCACCAAAAGGCACCUAUACUGAUUAAUAUCCAGUGCUGAUUUUAUACUAUUUAUUCAUAUUAUUUGUUAUAUAAAAUAUGUAUAUAUAUAUUAUAUUGUGUAUAAUUUUGUGUAAAUAAAACAAAUUUUUAUUA